CUGAUAGCCUCGAAUCUGAAAAAGGCCCAAGAUAUGAUAUGGCAAAAAAGUUGCUGGCUAAAUAUAAGGCGAGUAUAAGAGCUUUUUUAGAACGAAAAGAAAUAAGUAGCGUGGUGGAGAUCUGUGGGUUCUCCAUCAUUCAAGUCUGCGGCACUUGCACCACCGAGGCACCAGGUGAACUGCGGGCUCAUCUGAUGUUAAGCCUGCGGGGCGACUUGGUUGAUCGGUCAGAAGCCAGAAAUUGGGUAGAAUCUUACGAAUGUAAACCAGCUAGUAAACCCAUAAUUCAUCUACACAGCUCAACAAUUACCGGGAGUACUAUAAACUCUCUGAUUAAUUCAGGAACAGUCAAUAAUUCUAAGAGAAAACAGGAAGAGCCAUCCCAAUCUACUGAUAGUACAUCAAUGUCAUCUACCACAACACAAGCAAAAAAUGUGGAUAGUUGUGAGGAUGACGAACUAGAUUAUAACAACCACGAGAUAGAUCAAAACAUCGAACUGGAGAGGCAGUUAUCUUUUCAAAAGCAUAUAAAAAAGUAUCCCGAUGAAGACAGUCCAAGUGAUGUUUGGUUAUUGCCUUCUGGCAAAUCCAUCAAUGAAGUAAUUCGUGGUCCUGAAAAUUUACAUAAAUCACAGAAGUCAAAAUGGAUCGAACAAGAUGAUUGGAAUUAUUUAAAUUCCAGCAUUGAAUAUCCGCAUUGUAAUUUAUCAUCUGAGGCGGAAAAUCUAUUCACUACACUAUUAGAGACUAUGUCUUAUUAUGGUUGUAAGUAUUUUGAUUUUGCAGAAUUUCUUUCAAAAAAUAGAGGAGAGGUUCAUCUUAAAGCUAGCGCAAAUCAGCGAUUUGUACGACGUAAUCUCAAACCCGAAGAUGAUAAACCCAAGGGUAUGAAGGUUGAUGGUUCUUUUCAGUCGCCUGACAAUAAAGGACUUGAAAUAGCUAAAAAAUUUAAUCAUGGGGAUUACAAAGUUCUGAGACGUUUGCGUACUUGGUUUUUUCAUAUACAUGGACUUGAAGUACAAAUAUGGGGGAUGGAUUUGCCUGUUUCCAAGGCUUAUCGAAUGUUUCUUAUUGGCGUUUUUCGGUUACCAAUUAAUUGGGACGAACAUCAUGAGCUGGUAUAUGCACUGAAGAUUUUGUGGAAUCUUGGUGUGAAAGUUUUCGAAAAAGAAACUGAUGUCAUUAUCAACUGCUCAGAAUUAGGAGCAAAAGAACUUGUUGAAGAUGAUGAAAAAAACAAACUCUUUCCUAUUGGAGGACAACCAAUUGGAUUUAAAUUCAAAAGAAAUGAAGGACAAAAAACUUGUUUCAUCACUUGCACUAAAGAUGAAAAUGAAGAAAAAUAUGAAGCUAUCCUUGUCACUCAAGAGAUUAUUCAAGGAUGUAAAGAAGUAAGACCUAAUUUGUUUAUGAAAGAAUUGGAAAUCGUGGCAAAAAAACGCAGACUUAGACCCUAUAGAGAAGGUGGAAUUAGGAUAGAGUUAAAACCUUUUGGUGAUAAAGGUUGGAUUUGUUACAAUUAUGGUUAUAGUGGACAAGGUUUCCAGUUCAGUUAUAGUUCUGCUAAAGAAUUGAUUAAAAUCUUGCAUGAAAAAAAUAUUCUUUCCUAG